CUUAAGCUUGCUAGAUUUGGGUCAUGCCCGGCCUUCAACCUACUCAGCAGGAUAUCGAUCAAUUCGUGUCUAUAACCCAAGCCAAGCCUGAGGACGCGAAGCACUUUCUGUCCGCAGGUACCACGUUGGAAGGUGCUAUUGAAGAUUACUUUGCCGCUCAGGUAGAAGACGAACCACCAAUGUCUGACACGCCACCCGUUCAAGCGGUCGAAUCACCUCUACCUACCCCCGCUGCCGUUACCGGUGCCAGAACAUUGGGAGGUGAAGUGGUGGAAUCGGAAUUGCCCCCUGGAUGGGGUGAGCCUCCUAGGCGAAUGAGUACACUCACUGAACUCACUGCUCCGCGACCAGGUUCUGCUCCUCAGAAUGAAGACGACGAAGUUCCGAAACCCGGUGAAACCCUUUACGCAGGUGGAGAAAAGAGUGGAUUAGCCAUUCAAAACCCUGAUAGAGGUACAAACUCUCGUCGUAUCGUUGAUGAUAUUCUUCGUCAAGCGGCCGAUAAUACCCCUUCUGCGGUUGCUGCAAGAUCCAACGAUAUCCCUUCUACAGCAUUCGGAGGACGUGGUAACGUCCUAGGAACAGAAGAUGAUCCUAUCCCUCCCGGCAGUCCCAUCCCUCCCCCUCCAUCAUCUUCUGGAGGUUUACCAAGUGGUGUAGUGGGUAUUCAACCACAACAAGGUAGAGGAGAAGGAGAAGUUCAAACUCGUCGAUUGACAUUUUGGAAAGAUGGGUUUAGUAUUGAAAAUGGUCCUCUUCAUCGAUAUGAUGAUCCUGGUGCAAGAGAUCUUCUAGAGACUAUUCAAGCUGGUCGAGCACCAUUAUCUUUGUUUAAUGUCAAAUAUAAUCAACCUUUACAAUUGGAGGUUGAACAGAAGACUGGAGAAAAUUACGUUCCGCCACCUAAACUACCUAUGAAACCAUUUGAAGGAGGUGGGAAUAGGUUAGGAAGUCCAGUUCCUCAAGUCGAAUCCAGUGUGGGACCUAGAGGAGGAAUAUUGGAAAGUCAAAAUCAUAUGCCAGGUAGUUUUACUACCUCAAGUAUCUCAGGAGCUAGCACGAGUUCAAGUACGAGUGGAGUUGGAAUCGGAACGGGAACGAUACCUACCAAAUUUUCGGUGGAUGAAAGUAAACCUACUACAAACGUUCAGUUGAGAUUAGCAGAUGGGACUAGGUUGGUAGUCAAAGUGAAUUUGACAAGUACCGUCGGAGAUCUAAGGGGUUUUGUCAUUGCUUCUCGAUCGGAUAAUAGACGAUUCGUUUUACAAACGACUUUCCCGAAUCGCGAAUUGACCGAUUUAGAUGAGACGGUAGAGAGUGCGAAAUUGCAGAAUGCAGUGGUGGUGCAACGUUACGUUUAA